GGAAUCAUUUCAAAGGCCAACAAAUUUUGGGCCUGAAUGCUUGUGAUUUUCAUGGGCUCACGGAGCCCAAAACUCAGUGGCUUGUUUUCCUGAAAGCCCAUGGGCCUGUCGCUUUCUUUUUAAGAGAGGAGUGCAUAACUUUAUAACAACGUCAUUUUUGCUUCCUGUUCGUCAAAUUUUCUCCCUCUAGUCUUUGCUUUUCCCCCACUCCAUCGGAAACUUGAAGAUGGCCGGAAUCGAGAGACUCCAGCGAAUGCUUGGCGGCGCCGGCGGCGGGUUCGGGCAUCCCCCGACCGAUGGCCCCGCCGUUGACACGUCGGAGCAGGUCUAUAUCUCCUCGCUCGCCCUUCUCAAGAUGCUUAAACACGGAAGAGCUGGAGUUCCCAUGGAGGUCAUGGGUCUGAUGCUCGGAGAGUUUGUGGACGAGUAUACUGUUCGUGUCGUGGACGUCUUUGCAAUGCCGCAAAGUGGUACUGGCGUCAGUGUUGAAGCUGUCGACCAUGUUUUCCAGACUAACAUGCUCGAUAUGCUCAAACAGACUGGGAGGCCAGAGAUGGUUGUAGGGUGGUACCAUUCUCAUCCGGGAUUUGGAUGCUGGCUUUCUGGUGUUGAUAUUAACACGCAGCAGAGUUUUGAAGCUUUAAAUCAACGGGCAGUUGCUGUUGUGGUUGAUCCUAUUCAAAGUGUGCGAGGGAAGGUCGUGAUUGAUGCUUUCCGCCUCAUCAACCCUCAGACGAUGAUGCUUGGCCAAGAACCUAGGCAAACAACUUCCAAUCUUGGGAGUCUCAACAAACCAUCCAUUCAGGCGUUGAUCCAUGGACUGAAUAGGCAUUACUAUUCAAUUGCCAUUAAUUACCGAAAAAAUGAGCUCGAGGAGAAAAUGCUUCUCAACUUGCACAAGAAGAAAUGGACUGAUGGAUUGACUCUCAGGCGGUUUGAUGGUCAUUCCAAAACCAAUGAGCAGACUGUUCAGGAGAUGUUGAACUUAGCAGUCAAGUAUAACAAGGCAGUGCAAGAAGAAGACGAGCUUCCACCUGAGAAGCUUGCUAUUGCAAAUGUGGGACGGCAAGAUGCCAAGAAGCACCUCGAAGAACACGUCUCUAAUUUGAUGUCGUCCAACAUCAUCCAGACUUUGGGCACCAUGCUUGACACAGUUGUCUUCUAAGCUUAGCGUCUCGAUCAGCAUGACACAUCUGGUAUUUGUAUUUCAAAGUGCCUUGGUACUUUGUGGCCUCUAGACUCAUAUAGUUCUUUCUCCUGUCACACAUGGAUAAUCGAACUAUUCUUGUAUUCUUGGGUAGUUUGCUACAGAAGUAACAGCAUUCGAUAGUGGUUUCACUUUAGUAGCUAAACCUUCUAAAUUUGCUUCAGUCCCAUGAUCAUUGUUUACUCUUAUCAUAACUGGAUACGUUUUGAUCCUAUCUUUCC